CCAAACUAAGACGAAACACGACACUAACCUCACGAGGAGACAACAAAACACGAAGUCUCACACACUAAAUAUGCGUGUGGUGUAAAUGAGAAUAAGUACCUUCAUAAUUUGCAGUUCGUUCUUGUCUUUCACUGGCUCACCACUCUUCUCGUCCUCCGCCAUCUUUGCUCAGAGCAGCAACAGAUUGGUAGCUGGAAGAGGAGCCGCUGGAGAGGAGAUAAAUGCACCACGUUACAAAAUGAGUAUUUAAUCUAAUUUAAUGUUACUAUUGUGGUAGAAAGCAGUUAUUUAUUUUCUGACACGGCACUACAGCAAUUAAUUUAAGCACACAGGAAACAGGCUUUUAAUUUCAGUGUCGCCGGAAGUGUCCGUACCCAAAAAUGUAUCUCUUAAACAAGCUCUUUACCAUUUACCAGACUCCAGAGAUACUUUUAUUCCGUAGCUUUCGUUCCUAAAAUACAGCUUUCAGAACAAUCUAAUCAAAGUAGGAUACUUUAUUUAUUUCAGAUAACACAACCAGCCAGUAUCCUUCGUUUACAAAGCACCAGUCAGCCGGAACUUUCAAUCCUUAACCAAGAUGCUUGCCCGGCACUUUUUCUGACGUGUACCAUACAUUCGUUGCUCCUAAGAAGGCGUAAAGACUUCAACUUUUGUCUAAAUACUGUUUAGUGUGAACCGGUGUCGGUGCUGUUGUUGAAUCCACCUCGUCAUGUCGGACACAUGGAGCAACAUCCAGGCGCACAAGAAGCAGCUGGACUCUCUGCGGGAGAGGCUGCAGCGGCGGCGGAAAGACCCCGCACAGCUGUCCGCGGACGGUGGAAGCAGUACAGAGGGAUCCAUGGCCAGGAGUGACAGCCCAGCUCCGUCAGCGCCGUUCCCCCCUCAGGAAGAGACGGAAAAACCACCAGACCCAGAACUAGAGAAGAGGCUGCUGGCCUAUCUGUCUGAUCUGAGCCUUCCCAUGCCAACGGACUCCCUUGCCAUCACAAACGAUCUCAACAGUUCUGAAACAGCCGUCACUCAUGGAUGCAUCCAGAGUCUGCUGCUAAAAUUCUCUGCUCAGGAGCUUAUCGAGGUCAGGCAGCCCACCUCAGCCUCCUCCUCUGCCAAUUCCUCCUCCUCAGUCGUGGUGGCAGUGGACCACACAAAACUGUGGGCUAUGAUCGGUUCUGGGGCUGGAGCCCAACGGACUGGAGUAAAGAGAAAAGCGGAAGAUCAAACUCAACACAAAAGAACUCCGGGCUUCCCGCCCUCACUUCAGAGCUCUGCCUCUCCUCCGCACACUUCCUUCACCUCUCUGACACCUGCGGCUUCCUCCUCGCAGCUGGCCGGGCCUUCCGCAUCAGGGAGCGGGAGCAGGAGCAGUAAAGGCCCUUCGUCUCAUUUGGACAUGGAGAUAGAGAGCCUCCUGAACCAACAGUCCACCAAAGAGCAACAGAGCAAGAAGGUGAGCAGAGAAAUUCUGGAGCUGCUCAAUGCCAGCACAGCCAAGGAGCAGUCCAUCGUGGAAAAGUUCCGGUCUCGCGGCCGAGCUCAGGUCCAAGAGUUUUGCGACCACGGGACCAAAGAGGACUGUGUACGCUCUGGGGACACACCUCAGCCGUGCACCAAGUUACACUUCCGUCGCAUCAUCAACAAGCACACAGACGAGAGCCUCGGCGACUGCUCCUUUCUCAACACGUGUUUCCACAUGGACACCUGCAAAUACGUCCACUAUGAGAUCGACAGCCCUCCAGAGGCCGAGGGGGGCCUGCUGGGGCCGCAGGCCGGUACCACAGAGCUUGGACUCCAUUCGGGGGAUGCUGACAGCAACGUGGGGAAACUGUUCCCUUCACAGUGGAUCUGCUGUGAUAUCCGCUACCUGGACGUAUCCAUCCUCGGUAAGUUUGCAGUAGUGAUGGCCGACCCUCCGUGGGACAUCCACAUGGAGCUACCCUACGGUACACUGACUGACGACGAGAUGAGAAAACUCAACAUCCCUAUCCUGCAAGAUGACGGCUUCCUCUUCCUGUGGGUCACCGGCAGGGCUAUGGAGCUGGGCAGAGAGUGUCUCAGUCUCUGGGGCUACGACCGUGUCGAUGAAAUCAUUUGGGUGAAAACCAACCAGCUUCAGAGAAUCAUCCGGACGGGAAGGACAGGCCAUUGGCUGAACCACGGGAAGGAGCACUGUCUGGUUGGUGUGAAGGGAAACCCUCAGGGGUUCAACAGAGGUUUGGACUGUGACGUCAUUGUGGCAGAGGUCCGUUCCACCAGUCACAAACCAGAUGAGAUCUACGGCAUGAUAGAGAGACUCUCGCCCGGCACCAGGAAGAUUGAGCUUUUCGGUCGACCCCACAACGUCCAGCCCAACUGGGUAACUCUUGGAAACCAGCUCGAUGGCAUUCAUCUCUUGGAUCCUGAAGUUGUGGCGCGGUUUAAGAAGCGUUAUCCAGAUGGCGUCAUCUCCAAACCCAAAAACAUGCAGUGAUGACUUUAUGAGUGGUCACAGGUUUGGAGAAGUUUCUCAAAGACUGUUUUCUUUUCCUUUUUUUAUACCAGUGAACUAAUUUCUUAAAUAAAUGUUGUUAACAAGAUGCAUUGUCUGUAUUUUGGUUAAGAAUGAUUAAAACCAUGUGAAGAACUAA